AUGGCGCAAACCGAAGGUGUUACCAACUCAGACUCCCCGAGAUCCGCCGAGGCCUCGGAGAGGCCAGCAAGCAAGUUGCCGCCUCAUGGGCUUUCAGAGCGGGCUCUACCUUGGGUGGAGAAGUACCGUCCUGAGCGUCUCGACGACGUCUUGGCACAUGAUGACAUCAUCCGAACAAUUCGCCAUUAUGUGGAGAAAGGCCAGCUGCCGCAUCUUCUCUUUCAUGGACCUCCUGGAACAGGGAAAACGUCGACUAUCUUGGCGGUGGCGAAAGAAUUCUACGGCAGCGCUGUUCGAACGCACGUGCUCGAGCUCAAUGCUUCGGACGAUCGUGGCAUCAACACCGUGCGCGAGCAAAUCAAAACUUUUGCGGAGACGUCCUCCACGUCCUUCCACGGCCAGGGCCGGCUUAUGUUCGGCAAACCCGCGGCGCCGACGGCGUCCGCCGAAAAGGAGGAAGCGAGUUCGCUUGCGCAGAGCCAAGAGAAGAGAGGCGGCGCUGGGCCUUCCUUGAAAUUAAUUAUUCUCGACGAGGCCGAUCAGAUGACGAAUGCGGCGCAGAACGCUCUACGAAGAAUUAUGGAGGCGUAUGCGCGCAACGUCCGCUUUUGUUUGAUCUGCAAUUUCAUCAACAAAAUCACUCCGGCGAUUCAGUCGCGAUGCACAGGAUUCCGCUUCACACCUGUCUCCUCGCUCUCGCUGAAGCAAAAAGCGGCGCAAAUUGCCGAGGAGGAAACCAUGAAGCUCAGCGACGACGGUCUCGACGCACUGGUCAAGAUCGCUCGUGGAGACAUGCGUCGGCUCCUCAACUGCAUGCAGGCUUCGCACCUUGCACACCCCGGAGAGGUUGUCAAUGCGGAUAUCGUGCACCGAACUCUGGGCCUUCCCCCGCCCUCGGAAGUUACAGCCAUGUUCGAGCGACUCCUCGUCGCGGAUUUUUUCGCAUGCUGCAAAGAGUUGGACGAACUUGUCAACACUAAGGGAUACGCCAUGCGCGACUGGGUGAUUGCAUUUCACGAGAGAAUUCUGCGCGUCGAUUGGCCUGUAAACGUUUUGAUCACCUUCGUCAGUCGGCUGGCAGAUCUCGAGGAACGUCUCGCCACUGGAGCUUCGGAGGCUGUUCAGAUGCAUGCAGUUGUCGCCGCCUUCUUCGAAGCACGCGCCGGCAUCCAGGCUGCAGCGGCUGCAACGCCUCCAAUUCCUUCGCAGUGA